AUCUGGGCCCAAAUUGAGGCCCAUUUAGAGAAUUAAAAGCCCAAAUAAAAACAAAACAUUACUACAUGAAGUCAGAAAAAAGCAAUCGCAGAAACAGAAAUCAAAAAUCCGAUGGGGAGGAAGAAGGGAUUGCCGGAGUUCGAAGAGUCGGCGCCGGAUGGAUUCGAUCCUGAGAAUCCGUACAAGGAUCCGGUUGCGAUGGUGGAGAUGAGAGAACAUAUUGUUCGUGAGAAGUGGAUCCAAAUCGAGAAGGCUAAGAUCUUGCGCGAGAAGGUCAAAUGGUGUUACCGCGUCGAAGGCGUUAACCAUUACCAGAAGUGUCGUCAUCUUGUUCAGCAGUAUCUCGACGCCACUCGCGGCGUUGGUUGGGGCAAAGACCACCGUCCUAUCUCUCUCCACGGUCCUAAGCCAGUAGCUGUUGAAGAAGCUGAAUAAAUGUUGUGUGCGUGAUUGAUCUUAGGUGAGUAACUGGCUUUGAUUUAUGUAGUGUGUAUUGCUUAGAAGCACUUGACCAAUACUUUACUUGUUAAUAUGUUGAAGAAGAUAAAGGUUAGACUUUUUAGCAUUCCUUGUGUAGAGUAUCUUAUAACUGGACCUGUUGUGUGAAUCGGUUUGUAGUAUCUUAUAAAUUGGAACAUGGACG